GCAGCAGCGCCAGUCCGUCAAAGCAGAGGUGCGCCGCUCCCCUACCUUCGCCCGGCUGGGGCGGUCGCUGAGACCUCGCGUCUGCCUUGCCCGGUGCCCGCCCGCCGCCUCCGACGGUUCCAGGAGGAUGUGGCUCCUCGCCGUGACGACAACUUUCUGGGGAUUGUUGCUGGCGCCAGGUUUUGCUUUGCAAAUACAGUGUUAUCAAUGUGAGGAAUUUCAGCUAAAUAAUGACUGCUCAUCCCCAGAGUUCAUUGUGAAUUGUACUGUGAAUGUCCAAGACAUGUGUCAGAAGGAAGUAAUGGAAAAAAGUUCAGGGAUCCUGUAUCGCAAGUCCUGUGCAUCCUCUGCAGCUUGCCUCAUGACCUCUGCUGGAUACCAGACUUUCUGUACUCCAGGGAAGAUAAACUCUGUUUGUAUAAGCUGUUGCAAUACUCCACUUUGUAAUGGGCCCAGGCCAAAGAAGCGGGGAAACUCUGGCACCAUGCCUAGGGCAGGAGUAUUAACAACCAUGCUGCUCUCUAGCUUGCCAUUUUUAUCACCCGCACAUUGCUAAACUCUGAGGGAAGAUUUCUUUGUUGGCAUCAUUAUUCCUGUGUCGCUUCUUUCAAAGGCACAGCUGGUUUCCAUUGUAAUGUUGUUGUUUGCUUUCCCAAAAGAAAAGAGGAGUUUUAUCUGAAAAAGUCUCAACAACUUCAUUAUUUACUGAAUAGAUCUA